ACAUCUUUGUCUCCGAGAGAGAAGGGGAAAAAGUGGAAAAGCAACAGAUCGGAGGGGCGUCCUAUGUUGUCGAAAAACAUCUGAGUCGUUUUUCAGGAUUAGUCGUGUUGAAGGGGAUGCUGGGGGUGUCAGAGAUGACGGGCAGUAACAUGGCCAAUGCCCUGGCAAACGCCUCAUGUGAACGGUGUAAAAGCGGGUUUGCCCCGGCGGAAAAGAUCGUCAACAGUAAUGGUGAGCUGUAUCAUGAGCAGUGCUUCGUCUGUGCCCAGUGUUUCCAGCAGUUUCCUGAAGGGCUCUUUUAUGAGUUUGAGGGAAGGAAGUACUGUGAGCAUGAUUUCCAGAUGUUGUUUGCUCCCUGUUGUCACCAGUGUGGAGAGUUUAUAAUUGGGCGUGUGAUUAAGGCCAUGAAUAACAGCUGGCACCCGGACUGUUUCUGCUGUGAUAUCUGCCAAGCGGUGCUUGCCGAUGUUGGAUUCGUCAAGAACGCCGGCCGCCAUCUCUGCCGUCCGUGUCACAACCGCGAGAAAGCUCGAGGUCUAGGGAAGUACAUCUGUCAGAAGUGUCAUGCGAUCAUCGAGGAGCAGCCCCUGAUUUUCAAAAAUGACCCCUAUCACCCGGACCACUUCAACUGCAGCAACUGCGGUAAAGAGCUGACCGCUGAUGCCCGUGAGCUGAAAGGGGAGCUCUACUGUCUGCCCUGCCAUGAUAAAAUGGGUGUGCCAAUCUGUGGAGCCUGCAGACGGCCAAUCGAGGGCCGAGUGGUCAAUGCCAUGGGCAAACAGUGGCACGUGGAGCAUUUUGUCUGUGCCAAAUGUGAGAAGCCUUUCCUGGGACACCGUCAUUAUGAGAGGAAAGGUCUUGCUUACUGCGAGACUCACUACAACCAGCUCUUUGGCGAUGUUUGUUACCACUGCAACCGUGUGAUCGAAGGAGACGUGGUUUCGGCUUUGAAUAAGGCCUGGUGUGUGAACUGCUUCUCGUGCUCAACCUGUAACACCAAACUCACCCUUAAGAACAAGUUUGUGGAGUUUGACAUGAAGCCGGUGUGUAAGAAAUGUUAUGAGAAGUUUCCUCUGGAGCUGAAGAAGAGGCUGAAGAAGCUGGCCGAGACUCUGGGCCGCAAGUAAAACUCAUGGUAAUCAUCAUCUGUGCUCCUUAAAUCAACAGACCAAACCAAAGCGCAGAUCAUCUUGGAUUAGUUGUCUUACUUUAUCUUACUUAAACUUUAAAUGUGCUUUUCGACCAGAGAAAGUAUUGAAAGCAGAUUUGUGCUGGUUUCACGCUAAAAGAUGAGAAUUGUGUCUUAAAAAAACCUGCAAACUAACCAAACCGUUUGUUUUAUAUUGUUAAUGAUAAAUAUACUGCUGGGAAAAAAAAAAGAGACUAAUAAAUCUAGAGAAACUGAGAAAGGGUUUGAGUAAAAUGUUAUGUGUUUUAUUCAAUAAAGGAUAUCUGAUAAUAUUGCCUUUUAAAUGUUUAAACUUUCUUAUUAAACUAAUUUUUUUUUUAAACUUGGCAAUUAGCUAUUGGUUAGAAAAAAUUUUUUAUUUUGUGGUCUAAAAAUAAACGUAUAAACGUGGCUGAAAAGAUGGCAUUUAGUUAUUUUAUGCAAAACUUUUUAACUUAAAAAUUGAAAUAAAUGUAAUCAGACAUUUACAGAAUAAAAUCAUACCUGCCAACACUCCUGUUUUUCCCGGGAGUCUCUCAUAUUUCAGACCCAUCUCCUACCACCCUCCCAUUUUGUUACUUCUCCUGGAAAACUUGUGUAAUUCCACCCCACCCCUGGUUCUCAUCUUUUGGUACAGUCUGUAACAACCCCUUUGGUAUAGUAUCCAAUCGCCACAACCGCCCGAAACACGGUCCAUGGUACAGUUACUAACACUACAAUCACCCCCCUCAUCCCCUGCCCCGGUUUUCAACUGUAUAUACCCACACUCCAACACCGGUCUCUCGGAAUUUCAGAGACAAAUGUUGGCAGGUAUGAAUAUAACUAAACUAACUUAAUUUAAACACAUGUCUAUAUUAUCAUUAAAUUAGGUUCUUUUUUGAAUAUAAUAAUAUAGGUGCCAUAUUUUUGUUAGAAAUGUUGGUAACACUUUAGUUUAGGUCACAAGUCACAGUAUUAACAAACCUUUAACUAACACUACUAGCUUCAUAAGCUACUAAUUAGCAGUUUAUUAAUAGUUAGUAAUGUGGUAGUUGGGUUUAGGUUGAGUAGGAUUAGGGAUGUAGAAUUAGAUUAUACUUUAUUACUUUUGAUUUGAUCAUAUCUUGAUAAAAGACAGGUAAUAAGCCAGAUAUUAAUUACAUGAAUUGUGACCUAAACUAAAGUGUUACCGACAUGUUUAAAUUAAUUUAGUUUUAAGUGCCAAGAAAACAGCAUUUAAUAAAAUAACCCUGAUUUUUAAAAUUAAAAACAUUGCUUCAUUUUAGACAAAUUGUAACUUUCUGGAAAAAAAAUAAAUCUCUAUAUUUGAUAUUUGGAAGACAUUAAUAAACCUUUAUAGAACAAUACAGAAUGAAAUCAUACCUGCCAACACUUUUUUUCCAGGAGUCUCCCAUGUUUCAGACCCAUCUCCCGCCACCCUCCCAUUUUGUUACUUCUCCCAGAAAACUUAAGAGUCCUCGCUGCAGAACGCAGCUUGAUGAUGUAGUCCGCUAUGUAGUUGACGAUCGCCUACACCUCCCCCUACCCUGAACCCAACCAUCGCAGUAGCAUGAACGUUACCUUAGAGGGCGGUACAAGGCCUGCUACGUAGUUGACGAUCGCCUACGUCAGCAAGCUGGGGGCUGCAGCGAGGACAUCUUAGAACAUUUUCGUAAUUUCACCCCAUCCCCGUUUCUCAUCUUUUGGUACAGUCUUUAACACUCCCUGCAGGUCAACUUUGGUAUAUUAUCCAAUCACCGCACCCGCCGAAACAUGGUUCAUGGUACAGUUACUAACACCACAAAAAUCCCCCUGGUUUUCAACUGUAUAAACCCACAGCAAUACACCAACUUUCAAACCCCCAUCCCAACCCCAGUCUCUCAUAAUUUCAGAGACAAAUUGUGACCUAAAGUGUUACUGACAUGUUUAAAUUAAUUUAGUUUUGAUUGCCAAGAAAACAGCAUUUAAUGAAACAACCCUGAUUUUUUUUUUAUAAUAAAAAAACCAUUUCAUUUUAGACAAAUUAUAUUUUUCUGGUAAAAAAUAAUAAUAAUUCUCUCUCUAUUUGAUAUUUGGAAGACAUUAUUAAACCUUCAUAGAAUAAAACCAAUAUUAACACUUCACUCAAACCCUUGCCUACUAAAUCCUCAAAUAAUAGUGGCCUAUUUCCCCCGCCCCCUUCAUAUAAAUUUACUCAGCAGUAUAAACGUACUUGCAUGUUUAUAAAGAUAACAUUUGUAUUGGCAGCGUUCAGACGGAUUAUUCAGCAUGUUUUUGCUCUUUUCCUGAAGGCAGAGACUUGUGGUGUGUCUGACCACGGGCCUGGCUUUGAAGCAUCGAUCCGAGAGAUGUUUUUGAUAUUUAAUGUAUGCUCAGGCCUUGUGUUUUUCUGUCAGAAAGAGGAUCAAAAGUUAAUGCAUGAUGUAAUGAGCCUGGAGGAACAAGACAACCUCUAAAGCAAAGUCUUCGCUCCGCUGAACAAAGUGCUCAGGCUGUUUAAUCUCCUCCUCAGCUUAAAUUAUCCAGCUUUAUUAAAGCCCUCGCUGUGUUCUCCAAAUAUGCAAUAAAUUACACCGCUUAUAUUACUUCUGAGAGCUUUAUGAACUGUUGCCAGUCUUGCGUCAUAACACCCUUGUCUUUUUCUAUUUCGAUUUAAAGCUUAGUUGUUAUGACCCACCUGCCUUUUGUUAUGACUGAGAAAAUGCCUUGAAAUAUAAUGAACUUGUGCCUUGUUUUGUUAUCUGCAUUACUUUUGAUGAUUUAUGAAACGAUUGACUGAAGUCUGAAAGACUAUUUUAAUUAAAAGACUAUUAUUAAGAUUUAACCUCACUACGUUUCUACUUUAUAUGCUUAAGUUUUUUUUUUUUAUCUUUGAUUAAAUAUUUAGCCAUGUGCUGUUUAUGAAAUGUCUUUUUACCGUUACGGUCAGCAAUAUUGAGCAACAGCAAAACUGCUUUGUACUUGUCUCCCAUCACUGUCUGUAUUCACUGAACGAUGCAUUUCAGCAAAAUAUGUAUUGACAGGCUUGCUGGCAGCUUUUAAAUAAUACAUUUCACCAUGUUCUGUAUGGAAUAUCAAAGUAUAUCAAUAAAGUAUGCACUAUUU